AGAGAUUACAUGUGAAAAGAGAAAUAAAAAUAAAAAUCGAAAAGCUCCCAUAGAAAAAAGAAAAAAAAAAAAACUGACGGCUUCGCGUUUGUCUCUUCCCCUCUACUUCCGAUUCCAUCGCAAAUCGUCUCCGCCUCUCUCUCUCUCUCUCUCUAGGGUUUGCUUCCGCUCCUCGUUUCCCCCAGCUUACGUUCCCUGUCAUUCGCCUAAUCUCUAGCUCCUGAUUCAUGAGGUGAACAUUACGAUGGAUUGCAAGGAAAAUGGUGUUAGUAGUGACCCUUCUGUGUGUGCCGGCGGCGAUGAGAAUCUCACCUCUGCGAAGGCUGACGGCGAAGAGAUGGAGUUGUUAAUCACUUGUCUGGAGACUCCCCUGGCUGCAUCAGUUAUAAACCCUACGAUGGAGGAGGAGGACGUUGAGCAAAUGAGAGACGGGAACAGUGUCGGUAAAGAUGAAGAUGAGGAGAAAUCUGAUGCUGUUUGUUGCGUUGAUAAGGAGAGUCAGAAACCGGGAGUGGUUUCAGAGGAAGCUCGAGGAUCGGUUUCUGAUGCUAUUGUACCUGGUGGCACAGUAUUAUUACCCAUAGGGGUCAAUGAAACAGGUACUGAGCCUGAUUCUGUGGAAAAGUUUGAGUCUUUGGGAAACGCAAAGGAGAUAGACAAUGAUGAUGGUGGUGGUGAAGGUGAUGGGUUUAACUGCACCUUUGGUGGUGGAGGUAAGGAAGGUGGUAGCGAUGCUGGCUUUUCUGAUGAUGUAUCUCUCAUUCGGAGUUGUCCGUUUCCAGAUUCGGUAUUGGAUUCUGGGGGGUUUGGCUGCAGUGAGACAGAGAAUCAUAUGAAGUCUUCUGGUGAUAUUGAUGGUAAUAUGCCUCUCGCAGUAUCUCCUUCAUUAGCUGUUCCAGAAAUGUUUAGUAAUAACGACGGUGGCCCACGUUCACAUGAUCUUGAUGACGUCGUAGACACAGAGACGAUCAAUCCAGAUUUGAGGUUGGUACAUGAUGAUGAGCUUCAUACUGAUCUUUCUGAGAAGAAUGAAACACUGCUAAAGAACCACGUGGGGAAUUCAUCAAGUGAAAGUGAUGUGGCCGCUCUGAGGAUGAAUAAUGAUGUGGCUGCUGAUCCGAGAGCUCAAAAUUUCAGUCGGAUAUCACCCUUAGAGGAAAACACCUUUGGUGUGGAAGCCAACGCCCCUAUUACCGACCCUUCUCUGGUGAGGAGUUUUCCAUUGAAGUUUGGUAAUGGAGGCACUGGAGCUCGUAAUCCUGAAAACGCAGUGGACUCGAUCAGGAUAGUAGAUGGCAAUGGCAGAAUAGGUGGUGAAGUUGCUUCUGCAUCUGGGACUAGCGAGUCUUCACCGCAAAGGAGGUCCCGAGCUGGUAAACAGGGUAAUAUUUCGCAGACAAAACGGAGUGCUCCUCAUCCGAGAAAAUCCUCUAGAAAGAAACAGUCAGAAAGAAAUUUGGAAUCAAUUUUUAACUGUUCGAAGCAGAAGAGGAGCUCUGUUUCAAAACCAGACCGUUCGUCUCAGUGGGGAUUACCAUGCAGGACCGCUGAAAUCUUCUUACAGAGCAAUAAUAUUCCUUAUCGUAGACCUCCACAACACGAAGCAAAGCAACCUCAGAACAAUCCUAAAAAUGGAGAGCAUAAUAGUUCCAAUAACGGAUAUUUAGAAGGAUCUAGCAGAAACAUCCAAGCAUCAAGUGGCUCUUGCCUUCGUUUGAAAGUUAAAUUUGGUAAGUCAGGUGGCCAUAAUCCUUUGAACCUUACAGUCUCUAAGGUCAGUGGCAACUCUUUGCCGGCUGGUGGUAGUGUUAAGGCCGGAACAGGUUUAGAGUUUCCAGGGCCAGCAGAUGUUGUCGAGGAUAAACUCCAAACUGGGAAAACUAGAGAGCAGUUAAAAGAGAAAAACAAUCCAGUGGAGAAACUUUCAUGCCGGCUGUCACCUGAUUCUAUUACGGAUGAGAAAAAGAACCAAGACGCUGAGGGGUUAUGUAGGAAGCUAGGUGGUGAUGUUUUAGAUGAGGGUACACACCUUUCCUCCAGUAUAAUGGUUGAAGAGUGCGAGAGGGCCACUGGAACCCGGUCCCUGGACGCUGAAACUUCACCAGAUUCAGAAGUUAUCAACUCUGUGCCUGAUUCUACUGUCAGCAAUGGACUUAAAGAGGAUUUGCCUCAUGUUUUUUUCAGCACUGCAGAGGACAUGGUCAAUACGAACAGAGGACUAGAAAAGCAAGAUGAAUUGCUUGCUUCAGCGUCUCCUUUGGAAAAUGGUUCACAUCUAAUUCCAAACGCCAAAAAAGGUAAACAACCCAAGUCAAAAGGUAAUGGAACAAGAAAAGGGAAAUCCAAGUCCAAGUCUGCCAAAGGCGGGAGAAAAAAUGAAUCUCAUGAGGGGUUAGAGCAACACAACUUUAAAAAUAGGAGUGCUGGAAGUGAUGAUAGUAAUGAUCAUGAAGUAAGAAGAGUGGAGUCUCACGAAGCAACAGGUGCUCUUUUAGACGCUAAUAUUGGAAAAACCAUUAAUGGCGGCGCCAUAACACAAGAUGUGAUUCAUGAGGAAACGGUCUUGGAGCUUACUAUUGAGGAUAGCUCUUCCACAGAGAGUGCCUGGGUUCGUUGCGAUGAUUGUUUUAAAUGGCGACGUAUACCUGCUUCUGUGGUAGAGUCAAUUGACGAGAGCUCGAAAUGGAUUUGUAUGAACAACUCAGAUAAAGAUUUUGCUCACUGCUCAAUCUCUCAAGAGAUGUCAAAUGAAGAAAUUAAUGAAGAGUUGGGCAUAGGACAGGAUGAAGCAGAUGCAUAUGACUAUGAGGCGGCUAAUAGGGGGAACGACAAGGAACAGAAGAGCAAACGUUUGCCAGGUAACAAAAAGGCGUGCUUCAGGGCCAUAAAAACAAACCAAUUUCUUCAUCGUAACCGUAAAAAUCAAACUAUUGACGAGAUAAUGGUUUGUCACUGCAAACCACCACCUGAUGGUAGACUGGGUUGUGGAGAAGAAUGUCUCAAUAGAAUGCUUAACAUUGAAUGUCUCCAUGGUACCUGCCCUACUGGCGAUCUAUGCUCAAAUCAGCAGUUUCAAAAACGGAAAUAUGUUAAGUUUGAGAGGUUCCAAUCUGGUAAGAAGGGGUAUGGCCUGAGAUUGCUUGAGGAUGUACGUGAGGGGCAAUUCCUUAUUGAAUACGUUGGAGAGGUGCUUGAUAUGCAAUCCUAUGAGGCUCGUCAGAAGGAUUAUGCUUCUAUGGGUCAGAAACAUUUCUAUUUUAUGACUCUGAAUGGGAAUGAGGUAAUAGAUGCUGGUGCAAAGGGAAAUCUAGGGCGUUUCAUUAACCAUAGUUGUGAACCUAACUGCCGUACGGAAAAGUGGAUGGUGAAUGGUGAAAUUUGCGUUGGAAUAUUCUCCAUGCAAGACCUUAAGAAG